GUUGCUUAUACACGCAAUUGCAGAUCCGCAGUAACAUUGCGCUGGUAAAUCCGUCAGCAGCAAACUUGAGGACUGCGCUCCUCCCCUAACCCUAGGGCGUAGCAAUGGCGAUCCGGAAGCUGCUCGCUCUCUCUCGCCGUCCACUCCUCCUCUCCGGCCGAUCUGCGUCCACUGCUGCGGCUCUCGCUUCUCACGAUGCAGCCGAGUUAUCCACCUCGCCCGCUAGCCCCCCCGUGAUGCACUACGACCGACUCGUCCAGGCCGUCAGAUCAAAGAUCCGGAGCCUCGACGAUCCCGAUCCCCGCUUCCUCCGCUACGCCUCACCCCAUCCCGCUCUCGCUGAUCAUACUUCCAUCCUAGCAGCUCCGGAGACCCGCGUCACCACACUCUCCAACGGCCUCCGCAUCGCCACCGAGUCCACGCUCGCAGCCCGUACUGCCACCGUCGGGGUGUGGAUCGAUGCUGGAAGUCGAUUUGAGACGGAGGACACUAAUGGGACCGCCCAUUUCCUGGAACAUAUGAUCUUCAAGGGCACCGAGUCUCGGACGGUGCGGCAGCUGGAGGAGGAGAUUGAGAACAUGGGCGGGCAUCUGAAUGCUUACACUACAAGGGAGCAGACAACCUAUUACGCCAAUGUGUUAGAUAAGGAUGUGCCCAAGGCGCUUGAAAUCCUUGCCGACAUACUGCAGAAUUCACGUUUUGAUGAGAAGCAAAUUGAACGGGAGCGGAAUGUUAUCCUCAGAGAGAUGGAAGAGGUGGAGGGACAAACUGAAGAAGUUAUUUUUGAUCAUUUGCAUGCUACUGCCUUCCAGCACACCUCACUUGGAAGGACAAUCCUUGGACCUGCUCAAAACAUCAAGACAAUUACUAAAGAGCACCUUAGGAAAUACAUCUCAUCUCACUACACCAGCCCUAGAAUGGUCAUAUCAGCUGCCGGUGCUGUUAAGCAUGAUGAUAUAGUUGAGCAGGUCAAAAAGCUUUUCAUGAAACUGUCAGAUAAUCCUACUACAACAACCCAGUUGAUUGAGACGGAACCCGCUAUUUUCACUGGAUCUGAGGUUAGGAUAAUAGAUGAUGACAUUCCACUUGCGAAAUUUGCGGUUGCAUUUAGUGGGGCGUCUUGGACAGAUCCAGACUCCAUUGCUUUAAUGGUUAUGCAAUCUAUGUUAGGUUCUUGGAAUAAGAAUGCUCAUGGUGGAAAGCAUGCAGGUUCAGAGUUGACCCAAGGGAUUGCCAUCAAUGAUAUUGCUGAAAGUAUGAUGGCCUUUAAUACAAACUACAAAGAUACUGGUCUCUUUGGUGUUUAUGCUGUUGCCAAGCCUGAUUGUUUGGAUGACUUGGCCUAUGCAAUUAUGGGUGAGAUAAGCAAACUCUCCUAUAGGGUCUCAGAAGCUGAUGUUACUCGAGCACGCAAUCAGGUAGAUCAUUAAAUCUGUGUUUCAUUUUAAUCAUUUGAAACACUAGAUAGUCAUUCUAUAAAAGAUUUUCAUGGUUCAGUAUGUGUUUCUUCUAUUAGGGUAAAUCAGCCUUUAAAUAAUGGAAUUCCCUGAAAAGUUUAUUAUCUUGUGAUAAAUGUAUUGCAAUACUGAAAAAACCAAUACACUUUUGCAACUUCUGCUGGAAAUUUCCCUUUUCGGCUUCCACAAUGACUGAUUCAAUAUACAGUUCAAAGUAUGAGUAUUGACUUGAAUAAGAAUUAUCACACUGAGUUUUCUGGACAUAAGAAGAAAUACUUGACUUUUAUAUAUGUAUGUAUGUCUGAAGGAUUUAUAAUAUGUGAAUACAUCUGAAGAUUCUUAUUUAGGCUUGUUGGGUCCAAAUACUUGCAAUGUACAAUAUCUGAGGGUUAAGGACUCGGAAAAACUUCUGAAUGGGAAACUGAUGCAAAUGAGGAUGGGGUUGUUUGUGUUUCUAACCUUACCUGUUCCUUUUCAUUUAUUUUAAUAAUUUUAUUUGAAUUCUCUAGUUUUUUUUUUCAAAAAAGAAUUAAAUGGGGAAGGGAGGGUUGUGGUUAUGUUGUUCAAUAUUUCUCAAUUUAUUGACUGUCUUUAAAAUAUUUGUUACAGUGGAAUAUUUAUGUUUUAUUUUUUAAAUAAAAUGAACUUAAGUUGGAUUUUCUUUCGCAUAUUCAUUUUAAAAUUUGAUACUUGUCCACAUCUGAACAAAACCAAAAUCCUGGGUUGCAUCAGACUAGCUUUUUCAACACCUCUGGCAAAAAUUUAUUUUACUUUUUCUUAGUUUUUGGUUUUCUUUUUUUUGUAUGAAUGCUUCAAACUUCGAGCUGAAAUUUCCCUCAAACCUUACUUUUUAUAUGCUGCAAAUUUUGAGACACCUUAGAUACAUGGAUCCUCUUCAAUCACUAUGUGGAAAAUUUGUGCUUUAAAUAAAGUAUUUGAUCUAUGGUCCAAUAUCCUUUGAGUAUGAUCGGAAUAGUGUUAAAAUAGAUCAUAUGCUUAUUGGAUCAUAGGAAAUAAAUUUGCUACCAUAUCAUACAUCUGGUGAAAUGUUUAUUUAUUUUUUUAUUUCAAUAAGAAAGGAAGAGAUGAAAUCCACUCA